AUGCCCACCAUGUUGCACACAACGGUCACCCACAUGGUGCUCAACGUUGCACACAACGACAUUCUCGGGGAUGGAUCUAAGCGGCAGAACAUUGCUAACAACGAGAUUGGCCUUCUUGCCACAGUAGACGAACUGGCCGGUGUACAUGCCCUCGGUAGCGACAAACAACUCUUUCUGAUGCUAGUACCAGAAGGGGUGGCGGAAGGUAACUCGAGCGAGUGGGGCGCUGUGACCGGGAUUGUGGAUGAUCUCGGUGACCACACCCUUGAGGUAGUCGUUCCGCUCGCCGAAGUCCAGGCUCCGGAACCUCGUCGGACCCUUGCGGUGGUGGGUGUGGGACUUGAAUACGGAUCCGGCACCUUUACGCUGGGCGCGGAUGACCCGACCCAUCUUGGUGAAGGUUUCUAG